AUGUAUGACGUUGUUGGGAAGGUUCUAGAUAUGGGUGAUGAUGCUAAUCGCAAGAGUCCAUAUAAGGAAAGUGAUGACGUUGUUGGGAAGAAUCCAGAUAAGGAUGGUGAUGACGUUGUUGGGAGGAAUCAAGAUAAGGAAAGUGAUGAUGUUAGUCCAGAUAAGGAUGGUGAUGACGUUGUUGGGAAGAAUCAAGAUAAGGAUGGCCAUGAUGUUGAUGGCAAGAGGCCAGAUAAGGAAAGUGAUGACGUUGUUGUGAAGAGUCCAGAUAAGGAAAGUGAUGAUGUUGAUGGCAAUGAUAAGGGUAAUGGUGACGUUGUUGGUGAGAGAGUAGAUAAGGAUAGUGGUGACAUUAUUGAUAAAGAUGGAGAUGACGUUGUUGGUAAGAGUCGAGAUAAGGAUGGAGAUGGCGCUGUUGGGAAGAAUCAAGACAAGUAA